ACCCUCUCAUGGCCCUGUCUUUAUCUCCCGGAACCCCAGUUAUUUGUAGUAGAGGAUCAACAGUGGCUGAGCUUCCAACGCAGGAUUUGGUAUCAUUUGAGGAUGUAGCUGUGUUUUUCUCCGUGGAGGAGUGGGCUCUGCUGGAUUCUGAGCAAAAAGCCCUGUACCAAGAGGUCAUGCUGGAAAACAAGAGGAACGUGGCCUCAUUAGGUGACAGAUGGGAGAUGGAGGUUUCUGGCCAAGAGGCAGCAGCACCUUUGCCAAAAGACAAAAAGGAAGUUGCAGAAAAGAUGUAUGGAAAGCAAAGUUUGAAGCAAAACCAGCUAACAGGGGAGUUGGAGAAUUGCUCUGGUUUACCUUGUCCAGAUACCAAUGUCUUAUUGGACACCGAUGAUUGCCAUGAAAAACAAGUGUGUUCAAGGUGUGGAAAAAGACUCUGUGAUGAAUCUGGAUUAUGUGACUGUGGUGAAAGCCCUGCUGGAGAGAAACAAGAUGAAAGCAGGCAACACCCCAGAAGGAGCCUUCCUCCUCCUUUACAUGAAAGAAUAGAAGGAGGGAAACCAUACAAAUGUACAGAGUGUGCAGAAAGCUUCAGUACAAGCCGCUCUCUUGCUUCACAUAAAAAGAUUCACAAAGCAGGGGAGCCACACAAAUGUCUAGAUUGUGGAAGGACCUUCAGACAGAAAAAGCACCUUAAUUCACACAGGAGGGUCCACAAAGAGAAGCAGCAGCAUCAAUGCAUCCCCUGUGGAAAGUCCUUUGGAAGCAGCACCUCCCUUACUUCCCACCAAAGCGUCCACAGAGAGGAGAAGUUGCAUCAAUGCAGGGAGGGUAGAAUGAGGUUUACUCAGAGCAAGGAACUGAAUUCCCGGAAAAAAAGCCCCACUGGGAAGAAAUCAUAUAAAUGCCUAGAAUGUGGGAAGAGCUUCCGCUCUGCAAGUGACCUCACUUGCCAUAAUAGGAUCCAUACAGGGGAAAAGCCGUAUCAUUGCAUGGUGUGUGGAAAGAGCUUCGCACAAAAAAGCAAUUUCAAUUUACAUAAGAGGAUCCACACUGGAGAGAAGCCGUAUAAAUGCACAGUGUGUGGAAAAUGCUUCAGUGCCCGAUGUAAUCUUACUUCCCAUAAGAGGAUCCACACAGGGCAGAAACCCUAUGAAUGCCUGGAAUGUGGAAAAAGCUUUAGCGGAAGCGGUGCUCUAACCUUACAUAAUAGGAUGCAUAAAGGGGAGAAACCUUAUCAAUGCCUGAACUGUGGAAAAAGGUUCAGUCAAAAAGUUAAUCUUAAGUCACACGAGAUGAUCCACACGGGAGAAAAACCGUAUCAAUGCACCAAUUGUGGGAAGAGCUUCAGUAAUCCAUAUACUCUUACUGUCCAUAAAAGGUCCCACACAGGUGAAAAGCCUUAUAAGUGCCCUGAAUGUGACAAAUGCUUCACUGAUUCGGGGAAUCUCUCUCGUCACAAAAGGCUCCACACUGGAGAGAAA